AAGCGUGAAAAGAAAUGCGUAAGUCUAAGAUUCCAUUAAGAGCAACAACGAAGUGAAACCGGGUUCUCUAUUAUGUCGCUCAACCUUUGACCUUUGACCUCCACACUUAUCGUAUUUUUUUUCUUAACAUGCAUUUAGUAAAAUAGAAGUGGAACUCACUACAUCGACGAUGUAAAUUGCUGAAGUGCACAUACGUUCUGGACGAAUUGAUGAAGUUCAUGCUUUUCUCCAAAAGCCUGUAGCCACCUAAUACCAGAAUUUCAUUCUUCAAAAGGAACAAAAACCAGGAUUUCAAGACUUUAUAACAAUGGCUAGAAGAGAUUUUGGUUCUUUCCAUGCUUCAAACGUACAAGAACUCUUGGAAUUACCAGAUGAGAAGUAUGAAGCACCCCACUUCCCAGUAGACCAGCCUUCAUUCGAAGAAUAUAAGAACAACCCACCAGAGUUUGGCAAAGAGAUGAGAAAGAAGCAUUUUCUCCUGGAGAAAUAUCAACGGUAUGUAGAACGGCAGCCUUUGAGAUUCAUGGACCGAGAACUUUUGCCUCUCUUAGUUGACAUCAGCAGACGACUUGCCAAAUUUGUUGGCUGUGACCCUACUGAUCUUGUGCUGCUCAGCAAUGCAUCAACUGCCACCAGCACCAUCCUUCGAGGGAUUCCGUUCACUAAAGAAGACACCAUAUUCUUCUUGAGCACAACAUACGGUGCCGUGAAGAAACUGUUGAGAGAGAUUUCCAGACUGACCGGUGUCCAUCUCCAGGAAGAAACAGUGAAACUCCCUAUCACCAACAGAAACCAGAUUAUAGAAUUGGUACAAGACAAACUGAAACCUGGGACUCGUCUGGCUAUUUUUGACCACAUAGCCAGUAACAUUCCCUUGACCAUGCCAUUAAAGGAAAUUAUUGAGAUUUGCCACCAGAGAAAAGUUGCUGUCUAUGUCGACGGAGCGCAUGUACUCGGCAGUCUGAAGUUAAACUUGCGUUCGCUGCAGCCCACGUAUUAUACGGCGAACGCGCACAAAUGGUUGUCAACCCCCAAGGGAUGUGCAUUUAUGUAUGUCGACAAAAGCCGCCAGGACACUGUGAGGCCCUUAGUGAUCUCGCAUGGAUAUGGAGCGGGGUUUAAUUCAGAGUUUAUAUGGACAGGUUUGCGUGACUAUUCUUCAAUCUUCGCCAUGUUGGUGAACAUUGAUUUCUGGAGAACUCUUGGAGAAGACAGAAUCCAUUCUUACAUGAGAUCCCUCAUCAAACGUGCUGAUUCCAUGGCAUUAGUUCAGCUACCAGAUUCUUUACAUUUUGUGCCACCCCCAUUGACAGAAGUGGACUUUUCCUGUGCUGAAUCAAUCCAAAAUGAUCUCUACCAUAAGUACAACGUUGAGGUUCCAGUCAAAGCUAUACAAGGAUGUCUUUAUGUACGAAUAUCUGGUCACAUUUACAAUGAAAUGAGUGACUACGAGAGACUGGCGGAGGCUGUGCUGGAGAUUGCAGUCAGAAGAAAACAAGAUGGACAAGUGGAAUAAUUAAAACCACUGAAUACACCAAUAUGCAUGCGUGCACAUGUACACAUGACAUACUCAUCCAUGCCGCUUAUUACACUUUUAUUAAUAUUAUUUUAUUAAUAUUAUUUUAUUAAUGUAAUUUUAUUAAAUAUUGGCAUUUCAAAUAA